AAAUGUAUAAAAAGAGGGACUGUGAGAAAAGAGUCAAACGAUAAGGAGAGACAGAAAGCAGAAGUAAGGUAGGGAAAAACAGGCCGACAGGGAGAAAAGAACGUUUAGGCUAGAGACCAGAGGCCAGAGAGAAAAAUAAACUAAAAGGGUGAAUCAGGGAAAACUCCAGUCCGGUCAUGGAAGCAGAGCUGGAAGAAGAGGACGGGAGUUUCACUAACAUCUCCCUCGCCGAUGACAGACCUACAGUGGACAGAGGAAGUGCAGUCCUGCAUACCAAACAGGACAACGAGGACUUAACCAUGAACUGCGACAUGGAUGACAUGGAGAACCAGGUAGAGAUGGAGGAGAAGACGAGGCUCAUCAACCAGGUGCUGGAGCUACAACACACACUGGAAGACCUUUCAGCACGUGUGGAUGCGGUCAAAGAGGAGAACCUGAAGUUGAAGUCGGAGAACCAGGUUCUAGGCCAGUACAUCGAGAACCUCAUGUCAGCCUCCAGCGUGUUCCAAACCACCGACAACAAGAGCAAACGGAAGUAACCCACGACGACCAAGAGGAGUGAGACCACCUACAACAGCCUGGUAGCAGAUCUGUUUGUGCCAUCUCCAUGUUUGGGAUGACACAAACCGUAGGCAUGAUAGCACAAACAGACUGGCACUCAGGCUACCUGCAACAUCUCUCCCAAAUGACAGCAGAGGAGGUAGAAGCUGUUUGUAACCACAGUUCUAGGGACGGAUAUGGACGUGUUCCAAAUGGCAGAUUAUUUCCUAAGUAGUGCACUAUGUAGGGAAUAGGAUGUCAUGAGCUCUGGUUAAAAGUAGUGUACUAUGUAGGGAAUAGGAUUCCAUGAGCUCUAGUUAAAAGUAGUGUACAGGAUGCCAUGAGCUCUGGUUAAAAGUAGUAUACUAUGUAGGGAAUAGGAUGCCAUGAGCUCUGCUUAAAAGUAGUGUACCAAGUAGGGAAUAGGAUGCCAUGAGCUCUGCUUAAAAGUAGUGUACCAUGUAGGGAAUAGGAUGCCAUGAGCUCUGCUUAAAAGUAGUGUACCAUGUAGGGAAUAGGAUGCCAUGAGCUCUGCUUAAAAGUAGUGUACCAUGUAGGGAAUAGGAUGCCAUGAGCUCUGCUUAAAAGUAGUGUACCAUGUAGGGAAUAGGAUGCCAUGAGCUCUGCUUAAAAGUAGUGUACCAUGUAGGGAAUAGGAUGCCAUGAGCUCUGCUUAAAAGUAGUGUACUAUGUAAGGUAGUCUGAUCCUAGAUCUGUGGUUAGGGGCAACUUCUAAUUCCAGACCCCCGAAUCCUCCCAACACUCUAACCACACCCCCAACCCCACCCCUAAGAGUCCAGUUUACAUUCUCUUUUUACCCUCCUAACAUAAAACCCCAGACAUGAUUUAACUGUUUUAUAAUUCAUCUUAUAAUACUGUUUUGUGUUGUCAUGUCAACUGCAUCUCUAAUGAGUUAUGACAUCAGACCUUUAUUUUGAUGACUGGUUGGAUCUGGAAGGAAACGGGACUUGUUGUAUAUGAAUAUGGCCAAACUCCUGGCCCCAAAUAUGAAUCAAACAUAUUGAAUGACAUGUCAAUGUAAUUCAAUAAUAUUAUAUUAACACAUUCCAUCAUCUCAUCUGAUUGGUCAAAAGGUUACCAAGUGUCUGUUUUUUUAAUUGUUAAUUUCCACCACUUAUUGAUGGACACAAACAUGAUGAAGUAUGAUUCUGUAAGACGUAUUUUUAAGCAGUACUAAUAAUAUACUCCUCCGAUGUGUGUUGUCGUCACUGGUAUGCUACUCAUUCCACUAGGAACGGGGUUCCUAAUUCAUAUCGUCACCGUGCCGUGUGGAGUCAGUAGGGAAAGGGAAAAAGCACAGUAAACAAGUGUUAUGCUGAACAUGACAAAUACAACCCUUGACUAGGGUCAAGUUACACUACAGGGUGAGACGGCCUCCUUUACUGAACAUGACAAAUACAACCCUUGACUAGGGUCAAGUUACACUACAGGGUGAGACGGCCUCCUUUACUGAACAUGACAAAUACAACCCUUGACUAGGGUCAAGUUACACUACAGGGUGAGACGGCCUCCUUUACUGAACAUGACAAAUACAACCCUUGACUGGGGUCAAGUUACACUACAGGGUGAGACGGCCUCCUUUACCUAUGAUGGUAGAGGAGGAUGGAGGGAGUGAGGGAGGACAGAAGAGAGAGAACUCUGCUUUUUACAGUUAAGAGCCUUGAGUGGUAUUGAUUAGAACACUCAGGCUGUAGAACACUCCGGAAGGUUCCGUCAGUGCAUUAACACAGAUCUGCUGAUAAGGAAGGUUGUUAUUCCUGCUUUGGGUAAUGGCCUGUGGAAGCAUGGCUGUGCUCUCUCCUAGGCUGGUUAUAGUAGAGAGAGCCGUGAUCAGGAUAACAUGGACAGUUAGGCUUUUGGCUAGGUCAAUUUCCAUUCUAUUUGAAUAGAGGAUGAAAUUCCUAAUUAAAAUCAGGAAGAAUCACAACACUCAAUUGUACAGAGAUCAGAGCGAGUGGUUCUAUCAGAGAACCAUUCUAUGGGUUCCAGGUGCUAAAGGAAAAGAUGAGGGAAUAUUGGAGAUGAUUCCACUGCACUUCAAUGCAUCAUGUUAUUUAUUUUUAUUUCAAUAUAAAAUGUUAUUUUUUAUUAUGUUAAAUGGUAUUAUAUUGUAUGCUCUUGACUCUUGUUAGUCCCAAAUGGCACCAUAUUCCCUAUAUAGUGCACUACUUUGGGCCUUUAGGGCCCUGAUCAUAAGUAGUCCACUAUGUAGGGAACAGAGUGCCAUUUGGGACAUUCAACUUAGUUUUUCCUUCAGGCAUGUUGAUAAUGUCUACACACAUCCUAUGGAACUAACUGCCUGGUGUGUAGAAGUUUAGAGAUUCUAUGUUGCCUUUUAACACUUUUGUUUUAAUAAAAAAAUAUACUUCUUAUGCUUU